GUCCCGCCUGGCCGAGUUGUGAUUUUCGGCAGCGUGUGACCAGAAUCUUGUGCGCGCGUUUGUCCCAUCUUCGACUCGUACGCUAUUUCUUUUGACUUUCUGAAGUUAGUCCGACCCGGUGAUCGUGUUCGUUCCCCCAAGAUCCCACGAGAGUCACCUCAAACGAGCUGAGGACGCCCAGGAGAGCGGCGCGGCGAUCUUUCCCAAGUUCGCGUUCGCUGUCGUCCGGCUUCAAAGCGGUCGGCCGCUUUUUCGGCGAUGUCCGCGGCGGCGGCGGACGGUGCCCGAUUUUAGGCCCCCGCGCAAACAACGUUUCGACACCCUGACUGAACUCUGACCGAGAUCUCAUGGAAAGAACUUGAACCCUUUCUGGCGAAGCCAUCUCGCUCCGAGUUCGCACGGGCUCAAUCAUGCCGCACUACGGGAAGCACCCAUUCAUUCGGCAGAAACCACCGGCCGAUCUCAAGCCCAACGACGAAGUCUUCCACUGCCGACUGACGAACGAGGUCUUCAAGGACUACGAGGAGUACUUUGCACAAGUCAUCCUCUGCAACAGCUUGGUGUGGAGCUGCUCGGUGACGGGCCGGCCCGGGCUGACGUUCCAGGACGCACUUAACUCGGAGAAGGCGGCCCUAGAGGCACUGAACCGCUUCCCAGUGGGGCUGAAGAAGCCCCUGCUGCUGCUGGCCACCCUUACCCAGCGGGGACGCCUGGGCGACCUCUGCGAUGAUGUCUUCUCCUUUGCGCGCGACCGCUACUUCGUCGGAGAGUCGGUCGAGGUCAACAUCCGCAACCAGAGGAAAACAUGCACGGUGACGGGUGUGACGGUGGGCGGGGCGGCGGCCAAGGGCUCGCCGAGCAAGAAGGGCGCCACCUCAGUGCCGGCGGACAAGGUCAAGUACCAGGUGGUGGACAGCGAGGGAAAGAACCACACAGUCGCUGCCACGGACAUCUGUCGCAAGAAGAACUCGUACACGAGAGAGAAGAACCGGAUCUUCUUCCGCCAGUCGGUGGAGCUAAAGAACGGCAUCAUGGAAGUCAAGGACGGGGUGCAGAAAAAGUACGGCCUGCACCAGCUCAAGUUCACGGACAUGUUUGUGGGGCCGGCCCCCACGUUUUCCGUGUCCCCUCGAGCCAGGGCCCCUCCGGGGUCCCAGACACCGGACAGCAAAGCCAAGCGAGCCCCCAAGCAGGCCAGCCCCAAGAAGGACGCUGCUGCAGCUGUCAAGAAGGACGCGACGGCGGAUAAGGCGGUCACAAGCAGCGCUGCACCGUCGACCACCUCGGCGGCAGUUCCACAGCUGGGAUCGAGGUUGACCGAUCGGGAUUUCGAAGACCUACUCCAGCUGAAGAUGGCACAGAAGGAGGCACGCAAACAGACCCUGGCGAAGAAGCACGAGGAGAAGCGGCUGUACGCCCAGUUCCUGAGCGAGUGGAACCGCCCCCGGGAGGACCUGGAGUGCGACGACCUCCGGGAGCUGCCCUCCAUGGUGCCCCUGCGCUGCUUCCUGCCCCACGACCGCUUCGGGGACCUCCUCAUGGUCCUUGAGUUCCUCAACGUCUUCGCCGACCAGCUCGACCUCAAGGACUUCUUCGCCGCAGGAGUCAGCUUCGAGCUGCUGGAGAGGGCGCUGACGGAGGUGGACGUGCUGGGACCCCUGAGUGACCUCUUCCAGAUGCUGCUGACAGCCCUGUUCAGGGCACAGGAGGAGGAAGUGGUCAGCCGACACGCCAGGGGCACAGAGGAAGACUCGUCCUCGGUGGAGGGUUCCGAAGAGGGCGGAGACUCCGAGGAGGAGGAAGAGGCCGGCGGGUCUACAGGGCUGGAGGCGAUACGACGGGCCCAGAGGGCAGCCACGGCCAUCUCCAAGAGGCAGCGCCAGGUCCUCGGCCUGCGGCUGCCUCAGGUGACCCUGGACGCCCUGUCGCUGUCGGAGGUGCUGCGUCUGCACCUGGCCUCGAGCGGCACGCUGUCCUCGGGCCGGCGGGGCUUCAGCGGCUCCUACACCCAGCGGGAGGACCCGGGGCUCUGGUUUGCCUUGGAGGAGCCCGCCAUCAUGGCCCAGCUGGCACAGGGCAGUGUCCACGACCUUUCCGUCGGGGACAAGGUGAAGCUGCUGCGGGUGCUCGCCGAGCAGCUCCUCACCAUGGAGUCCUUCCGGGGGGUUGUGGAGGACUCGCUGGCGAAGCUGAAGCAGCUGCGCAUGGACCUCAGGCAGCUCAGGCUCGCCGCCAAGCAAGACAAGGAGGACGCAAAGAAGAAAAACAAGUCUAAGGAGCCUGAGGUCAAGAAGGACGGUUCUGGCGAGGCCCCGGAGGCGUCCGUCCCCGAGGAGAAGGAAGAAGUGGCGGAGCCCCUGAAUCCUCAGCAGCUGCAGAAGAAGAGGGAGGAGCUGGAACGCAAGGAGCAAGCCCUGCGCCAGCAGGUGGAGCAGCAGCAGCGGCUGUGGUGCCUGCAGCCCCUGGGACAGGACCGCUGCCACCGGCGCUACUGGGCCUUCCAGUCCCUGCCGGGGCUGCUCAUCGAGGAGGGAGGGGCCCACCCGGGGGGCUGUCUGCCGGGAGGGACCCCACUGGUGCCGCGAGAGAUGCCCAAGAACCCCUCGGUCACCUUCAUGGAGGCCUUCCUGCUCAGGCACCGAGGAGACAAGGGCUCCGAGGGCGGAGACGUGCUGAGCGACAAGGAGAACCAGGAGGCCAUGGAACGGCGUGCCCCGAGCGCCGAGGCCAAGGCCCAGAAGCUCCUCCUGGGAGACUCGAAUCCCAGGGUGUCCCGGCGUGCCUCGGCGGACGUGUCCCCCGCCGUGGUGGCCGCCGUGCCGCCCCCGACUGGGGUGGUGGUCAACGGCUGCCUGGAUUCCAAGCGGGAGCUGUGCGUGGUGCUGGAGAAGUGCGACGUGCCGGCGCCGACGGGCGCGGUGCACCCCCACGGCACGUGCACGGGCGUGCCGGCAACUUGCACGGUGCACGGGCAGGAGGCGGCCACGCACUGGUCGUUCGUGGCUAGCCGGGACGACAUUUCCACGCUCCUGGGUGCCCUCAAUCAGCGAGGCUUCCGGGAGAGCAAGCUGCGGGCCACACUGAAACGGGACCAGCCUUCCCUGGAGUCGCUGGUAGCGCGCUGUCCUCGCCAGCGAUUGAACACGGAGCUCACCUGGCCCCCCGAGGCUGCCGUCCCCGAUGGGGAGGUCCGGAAAUCCUCGCGCCUACAGGGAUCCGGCUGGCCCAAGCCGUCCGUCCUGGCAGGUUUCGAGUCCCGUCUGGCGCAGGUUUAUGGGUUCCGAGAGGCCCUGUUGGAGAUGGAGGACCGCCUAUACCAGGGCAGCCUGGGCAUCAUAAAGGUUAACCGCGACAAGUGGAGGAUGCGGCUGGACAGUCUGCUGGCCAUCGUGGAGUCGAAACAGAAGGACCUUGCUGAGAUUAACAAGCUGGCGAAUGAUCUGGACUACCACCAGGAAGUGCGCCAGCUGUCCCAAGCCCUGGUGGAAAUGUCGCUGGGCAUCGAAGCCAAGUACCUCCAGCCACCCCUCGGGGAGACAGAGGAAAUGCGGAAAAAGCGGAGGGCUGCUGACCUCAACAAGAAGACCAAGAAGGAAGCGGAGGGGGAGGCCUGCCCGCCGGUGCUGUGCCAGUGGCGGGAGUCGGUGCGGCGCUGCACCUCGGUGGCGCAGCUGUUCCUGCACCUGUCCUCCCUGGAGCGCAGCGUGACCUGGGACCGGUCGGUGCUCAAGGCCUACUGUCGGGUGUGCCGGCGGCAGAGGGACCCCGACAAGAUGCUGCUCUGCGACGGCUGCGACCGGGGACACCACAUCUACUGCCUCAAGCCGCCCCUCGAGGAGAUUCCCAAGGGAGACUGGUUCUGCCUGGCGUGCCACCCGAAGGAGAAGCCCGCCUCUCCCGUGAAGCGCAAGUUUGUUGAUGAGGACGAGGAAGAGGAGGAGGCGGACGACGACGACAACGACGAUGACAACCAGGAGUCCCAGGACAGCGACAGCCAGGUGGAAGAAGAGGAGGACGAGGAGGAGGAGGAUGACGACAACGAAGACGUGUGCGCCGCGUGCGGCAAGGGCGGCACCCUGCUGUGCUGCGACAGCUGCCCGCUGGCCUUCCACACGGAGUGCACGGACCCGCCCCUCCGCAGGGUGCCCAGGGGCUCCUGGAACUGCUCGCGCUGCGCCAAGGCCAAGCGGCGCCCCGCGGCCGCCGCCACCGGGGCCUCCGCACCGUCCGGGAAGGGCUCGAGGACUCGCUCCCAGAGUGCCGCCGCCGUCUCCAAGCGCUACAUGGAGAGGAAGGCCAUAUCUGAUGGCAAGAAGCGUCCCCCACCUCAGCGACAUUCCCUGCCUGCGGUGGCACUCAAGAAGGCCAGGUUCAGCUGGGACGCGGCAUCCUCCUACAGCGACGAGGGGUUCCCAUCUCGGACGUCGUCCCGCCGGUCCAGCCAGGACCUCCCCCUGGACUUCAAGGCCUGCGACGAGAUCCUGCAGUCCCUGGUGCACGACGAGAAUUCGUGGCCCUUCCACUGCGCCGUCAGCCGCAGGGACGUGCCAGACUACUACGACGUGAUUCGGCGCCCGAUGGACUUGGGCAAGAUCAGGGGCAAACUGAGCAGCAUGGAGUACCGCGCCACCCAGGAGUUUGUGGCCGACAUCUACCUGGUGUUCCAGAACUGCAGCGUGUACAACCGCCGGGGCUCUCCCGAGCACCGAGCGGGCGCCAGGCUCUUGUCCACCUUCGAGAAACUCCUGGCCCUCCACGGCCUGGGGGACUUCCCCCACCCACCGUGCUUCCAGGGAGACACCGGCAGCAAGGGGGCCUCGCAACCCCGCACCUGCAACUCCAAGAGCAGCAAGCGACGCAGACGCUGAUUCCACGCAUUCCCCCUCGGCGUCCUACUACGUAGCUGGCCUGUAUAGUCACCCGUUUUUAAAACUCGAUCGCUCCUCCUCAGGGCUGUUCUUUGUGUUUUUGUUCCUUUUUUUUUUUAAGGGUCACAGAACAUUUUCAGUGUGGGAUCGUAACCCCUUUCCUCCCCCAUGUACGCAGCCUCGUCCCCAUCGUUUCCAUCCUCGCGGGGACGCCUGUUUUCCGGUGAAAGCCUCAUCCCAUCCGGCCCUCCGAGAGCGAGUGUCGACUUUGACGCAAUUGAAAGCGACUGAUACCGCGCGACGCCCCCCUGCUGCUUUCUUGCACAACGCUUUGCGAAGGAAAGUUUUCGCCGACGCCUGUACAAUGUGCGACUACUACGAACAAUGCUGCCCUUUUUCAUUCCUGGUGUCUGCGUCGCCGUUGCCCGAGCGGGCUUUCGAGCUGACUACGGGGUGUUCUGCUCGAACUGUUUCUGUUCGAAGAGGUUGACCGCAGUUUUCGCUUUCAUUUUUGGCUUUUUACUCCUCUGUUCACAAUUAAAGUUAUGUUGUGACUAAAGGUCUGCAGAAAAACAUCUCUUCAAAGUGGCAUGGCCAACUUAUGUCGAGCAGCAGCAAAGCAUAUGACUAAAGGUCUGCUAAGGCCCCAGAUAGCUGAAGCAUUUUUGCGCAUUACUUGAGGACCACUGACGGACCACUGCGAGGCUAUACGUUUAGCGACUUAGAAAUUGCACCACUGCUACGGUCCUGCACUCCUGUCAAAAUGAAUCGGACAUAACCAUCGUCGCCUCCAGCUCCCCUCAAGUAUUGUGGAGUAUGGGUUCCUUGCUACAACUGCCGGGCUCCUUGUUUGACGUGUUCGCGUGGCUCGUAUACUUACAUACUUUCCGGCCGUAAGAUUGGAGAACUUGCAAUGCCUCGCAGUUAGCCUCGCACUUUUUCUUCUCUUGGUGAGGUUGUUUCUCUGGAAAGGGGACAGGUGAACGAAGAACUGCCCCCUCCGGAAUCUGUGAUUCAUCGGACGAUGAACGUGAAGUAUGUACCAAAUGCCGUGAUCCUAAAAAUACAGCAGUUAUUACAUCA